AUGAUUGCAAAAGGUGCAACUACAGCUAUACUUUUAUCGACCAACAAUAUUGGAUGGCUAAUAGUUGAACAACUGACUGAUGGAAUGUCGUUUGCUGCGUACAUUGUAUUCCUGGCGUUCAUCUACUUUAGCUUGGAUCCCGAUGAGUAUCAAAAGAUGGCGUGUCGUGUCAAUGUUGGAUAUCUCGUCGGUGUUGUCUCCUCCGGUUUGCUAGGACAGCUCCUGGUGAGCAGAGUCUCACUGGUAACACUUCUCUGUAUGGCACUGGGCACCAACAUCGCUGCGCUACUCGUUGCAUUCGUAUUUCACAAUCAUCGUGCAACCACAAGAUUCGCACUUAAAGCAUUCAUCCGUGACUUUGGUAAUGCCUAUCGUGAUACCGACAUCAUUCGAUGGUACAUUUGGAGCGGUGUUGCCAUCUCCAUUCAUCAAAUCGUUCUUACCUAUUGGCAAUCAUUAUUCUUGGCAACCAAUAAUGAACAACAAUGGAAUGGAUAUAUUUCAUCGGGUGCAUACUUUUUCGCUGCAUUUGUAGCGAUUAUACCUGCAAGACUUGGAAAUUCAAUUAAUAAUAUAAAGAAUUAUAUAUUGAUUGGAUUUGGAUUGUUAGGUGGCAGUCUGCUGAUUAUUAUGGGUUUAGGUACCAAUAUCUAUCUUAGUACAAUUAGCUUCAUUGUUUAUAACUGUUGCUUUGAAUUCAUGUCACCAAUUGUCAAUGUACAAAUUGCUAAAAAAUUGACAUCACGUGUAGGAUUACUUUUCUCAUUUAAUAUUAUGAUAGCUCUUGCAGUUCAGGUAUUGAUACAAUUCUCUGUGAGCAACAAGAUGUUUAAUCUCGAAAUAACACAUCAAUUCCUAUAUUUUGGUGGAUGUCUUGUGAUGCUCUCUUUUGGAUUUGCAUUACUAUUCCUAAUGCUAUAUCUAUCGAAAACCUAUAAAGAACAUAAACAAUUGGAUUCUUUUAGACAGCAUCUAUUAGAUCAUAAUAAUCAAAUUCAAGAAAUAGCUUGA